AAUUGCUAAGGAAACGCCGCCAUAUUGAAUGUAAACUUCGAACGAAUCUAUCGGUAGUUUGUGUGAUUUUAAAGUCUUCGAAUGAAUUCAUAAAUUAAAGAAGGGUAGUGAAAUAUGGCGUCAAGAAUGAGCAGAAGUUCCCAUGGUGGGAAACCUUUUUCUGCCAACAGAACUCGCACAGAAACUGCGGGUAAAACUACAGCCGAUGGCCAGAAGUACCCAGAAAUCAAACAGAGAGGUUUCUACUCGGAUAUUAUUGGGGUAGAAGCAAAUGUCACAGAUGCAUUAGAGGGGCCUUUGGCAGAUCAAGACACGCUAUGGAAUAUUGCCAAAGAAAAACACACACCAAAAGUUACUACUUUUGAAGAGAAAACACCCAUAUUAGAUACCUUAAAAGGUCAUGUGUAUGGCCCCAGCACAGAAAUCACAGCUAUAUCAGAUUUCCCCAUUGAAGCAUCAGAACCCAAAGUGCAGCUCCCAUUCUACACAAGGCCAGGGGAUUGUCCCAGGAAAAUUGAAACUGAGAGGAGGAGACGAUUGUAUGAAACACUAGACCAGAAGUCCCUACUGAAGUCUGAGGGAAUCAAAACAGACCAGCUAAUGCCCAAAGAGAGCCAGUUUCCUGUCAAGUUAAAUGUAGAUCCUAAUGACCCCGCCCCCUUUCCUCCAUACCUACCUCUCCAUUUGUUUGAUAAUGAAGAACAUGACAUCCGCACAUCCACAGAGUGGAUCCAGAUGGGGCAGGUUAAUGGACACAGGAAGCCAGUUCCAGGGUUAGCCUUAUUGCCCACUAAGGACUCAGACAAAGAGUUGGACCCAACAGAUCCUAAGAUUGUGUAUGACUGGUUCGAGGUGGGAGUGCUGGACUACAGUGCUAAUGACAAGUGCUACCUCGUCCAAAAGGUCAACAAUCACGGCCGCGUGGUGGACGGGUCAGGAAAUCCAGUCAUCAAUGGAGGCGUGCAGGCUGAUGGUUCACGGAUAGAGCUUCCAGGCCAGUACUGGAUUCCCAGAGUGAGACUGAUGUUUAAGGGAGAGGAUCCAAGAGUAUUUACCAAGAGAGUGGUAGAUGCGUUCAAGUUAAGGAAGGAAACAGAGGCCUUGAUUCGGUACAAUCUGUACGUGGACUGCAUGCCAAUGGAGGGUGUGGGAGAGCUGGAUCAAGCUUCACUAAAGAGGAUGAUUGAGGCCUCCAGAGAUGUCAGGGGACUCAAGAGAGAUAAGCGACUGGAUGAUUAUGUGCAGGUGUUGGAGAAGGAGAUUAACAUUGACUUCUGCCGAUCGAUGAACAGGAUCAUUUUUGACAAGACCGUAGAGUGUGAUCCUUUCACUUUUGGUUUUGUUACACAACCUGAGGAUAAAGAAAUUGAGGUCCCUGAAAAAGGGUGUAAUGUGGACAUUACUGAGUACCCUUUUGACAGCCAGUAUGACGACUUCACAUUUAACUCGCUGUUGACCCGGGAGGAGAGUAUUUCGGCCAUUGGGAUGGUGAGAACUGAGUGCAACAAGGUGGUUAUCAUGUCUCUGUUCCACAUCCCAACCACCAAACCCAUGAGGCUCGAGGAGUUCGAACAGACUCAGUCGCAGGCCACCUCACAGGUUUCCUUGUUCCUGAAGGACAGUUGGAUUAGCACCCUGAGGAAUGCCAUCAGAACCUCACUCCGAGAUGUCGGAAAGGGCUGGUUCAACAUCCAUGAAAAGAACUUCCAGGUGUAUGAAAUUUCCAAACUGAAGAAGCUCAUGGAAAUGGUGAAAUUCAUCAUGCAGGAUUCCAUGCGAUACCUGAUCCAGGAUUCACUGGUCCACUUCACUCAGAUGGUGUUAGAUGCGAGCCAUUCUACUCUGAAGCUGCCAGAGGACUUCACUUGGGGGAAAGACCUUAUCAACAGCACCUAUAAGCCCAAGAGAAAUGCCCUGUUUCUGGUUGACCUAAUGCUGGACAACCAGGGUGCCCACUACAGUACCAACGUGAACAGCUUUGAGACCAUGCUGGUGGGACUGUUCGACAAGGCCAUCGGCUCCACACAGAACGUACCACAGCUGGAGAAGUACAUAUUGGAGGAUAUCUUCUGGUCUGGCACACCCCUUCUAGAGUCGGUGGGAGCCCAUGAGCCUCCAGUGGAGAAACUCCGCAAACAGAUCAUCGACGCCAUUAACCAGGCGUUGAUCCCGAUGAAAGCCUACGCACGGGAGUAUGAGACACAUUUGGAACUGAUGAACCUAGACAUCAACAAAUACAUUGCUGACUACGAGAAGAAGGAAGGAACAACAGCUGUGGAGGUUAAACAGGAAGUGGAGAUGCACCUCAAGGAAAAGGACAUCAUUGAGGCAACCAUCCCAAGUAACAUUGUCAUCGGGCCAUUCUGGGUCAACACUGAGUCUGUCAAACAGACCCUGUCCAAAAAGAGGAAGAAUCUCAGUAACGCCAUGUUGGAACUACUGGCCAGGAAACUCCGAACACAGGCUGAUGAUGCUUGUGAAGAAUUUAAGGAGAUAAACCGUAAGCUGUACAACAAACCAAACUGUGUGGAGGAAUUGUCCGACAUGAGAGAAUGGAUGAAGGGAAUCCCCGAAAGGCUACAGGAACACCAGGAAAAAAUUGACAAAGCUAUGGAUGACUAUGAACUGAUUGAAGAGUUCUACUACAAUUUGUCUACAGAUGACUUUAAUGCCAAAUGGACAGCUAUUGGCUGGCCCCACAAGAUUGAGCGUCAGAUGGAACAAACUUAUGAUCAACUUGACCAGGAUGAGGAGAGAUUCCGUAAAUUACAGUCUUCUGACCAGGCUAACUUCAAUGACCGACUGGACACUCUACAGAUGGUGGUGGCAGGUAUGGCUGCCUACACAGAUAUCAGCAAGGCCCAUGAAAUUGCUAACGAGGUCAGGAGGGUAAAUAAGCAGUUAAAGGAGGCUCAGGGUCUGGCCAGCACUUACAACAACCGAGAGAGACUGUUUGGUAUGCCGGUCACCAAUUAUGAAAAACUGUCCAGACUUGUGAAGGAAUUUGAGCCAUUCCGAAACUUGUGGAUCACAGUUUCGGAUUGGUUACGAUGGCAUGAGAGCUGGAUGAAUGAUCCGCUGAACGCAAUCAAUGCAGAAGAGGUGGAGAAAAAUGUCAGUGAAGCCUUCAAAACGAUGCACAAAUCCGUCCGAUUCUUCCAGGAAAUGCCAAAUGUCCAGCUGGUUGCCACAGAGAUUAAGGGUCUGAUUGAGGAUUUCAAACCAUACAUCCCACUUAUACAGGGUCUGAGGAACCCUGGAAUGAGGAGCAGGCAUUGGGAUCAGCUGUCCAAUGACAUUGGUUUCCCUGUGAGGCCGAAGGCUAACUUGACCUUCAGUAAGUGUCUGGAGAUGAAGCUAAACGACCACAUGUCUACCAUCACCAAAGUAGCAGAAGUGGCUGGCAAAGAAUACUCCAUAGAACAAGCCCUGGACAAGAUGGAAAAAGAAUGGGAGAACAUUAAACUGGAGAUCAAGCCGUACAAAGACACCGGGACAUACAUGAUCAGAACGUCUGAGGACACCUCGCAGCUGCUGGACGAUCACAUCGUGAUGACCCAGUCCAUGUCCUUCUCACCGUACAAGAAGCCAUUCGAGGACCGCAUCAGCAGCUGGGAGAACAAGUUGAAGACAACACAAGACGUGCUGGAUGAAUGGAUCAUAUGUCAAAGGUCAUGGCUGUACCUGGAGCCGAUCUUCUCAUCGGAAGACAUCAACAGACAACUGCCAGUGGAGAGCAAGAGAUACCAGACCAUGGAGAGGAUCUGGAGGAAAAUGAUGAAGACUGCCAAGGAUAAUCCUCAGGUGAUUUCCCUGUGCCCUGACAACAGACUGCUGGAUAACCUGCGUGAGUGUAACAAGCUCCUGGAACAGGUACAGAAAGGGCUGUCUGAGUACCUGGAGACCAAGAGAAAUGCUUUCCCACGGUUUUACUUCCUGUCAGACGAUGAACUGCUCCAGAUUCUCUCUCAGACCAAGGAUCCCACUGCCGUACAACCACAUCUCAGGAAGUGCUUCGAAAAUGUUGCUAUGUUGAAGUUUGAGGAAGAUCUUAAAAUCACCAGGAUGUACUCCGCGGAGGGAGAGGACGUGGCCUUUAUGGAGACCCUGUACCCUACAGGGAAUGUGGAGGACUGGAUGUUGGAAAUCGAGAGGUGCAUGAAAGAGAGUUUGAGGAUUAUCAUCAGGGACUCCCUGAAAGACUAUAAAGAGGUUAAAAGAACUGAGUGGGUACUGAAAUGGCCUGGUCAGGUCGUAAUUGCCGGGUGCCAGACAUAUUGGACCUCAGAGGUGACAGAAGCCCUGGAAAACAACCGUUUAAAGGAAGGCUACGAGGUACUUCUGAGUCAGCUGGAUGAUUUACGUAAUCUCGUCAGACUGGACUUAAAGAAGAUAGAGAGAAUGACCCUGUCUGCCCUCAUUGUCAUUGAGGUGCAUGCCCGUGAUGUGGUGGCCAAGAUGGUAGAGGAGAAUGUUUCUAAUGCUAACGACUUUGAAUGGAUCAGUCAGCUGAGAUACUAUUGGAAGGAGGAGAACCUGUUUAUCCGAGCAGUAAAUGCUGAGUUUAGUUACGGAUAUGAGUACCUCGGGAACACACUACGUCUCGUCAUCACCCCACUGACUGACAGAUGCUACCUAACCUUGACUGGUGCACUUCACUUGAAGUUUGGAGGUGCCCCUGCUGGGCCAGCAGGCACAGGGAAAACAGAGACCACAAAGGAUUUGGCCAAAGCAAUGGCUAUUCAGUGUGUGGUGUUUAACUGCUCAGAUCAGCUGGACUUCAUGGCCAUGGGAAAAUUCUUCAAAGGUUUAGCCAGUGCGGGAGCCUGGGCUUGCUUUGACGAGUUUAACCGCAUCGACAUUGAGGUGUUGUCUGUGGUUGCCCAACAGAUCACAACCAUCCAGAAGGCUCAACAACAGAGGGUGGAUAGGUUUGUGUUUGAGGGUGUAGAGCUUGUUCUCAAACCUUCGUGUGCUGUCUUCAUCACCAUGAACCCAGGUUAUGCUGGCAGGACUGAGCUUCCAGACAAUCUCAAGGCCCUGUUCCGACCUGUAGCUAUGAUGGUACCGGACUAUGCUCUUAUUGCUGAGAUCAGUUUGUUCUCAUUCGGUUUCUCCGAUGCUCGUGUGCUGGCCAAGAAAAUUGUCACCACCUUCAAGUUGUCAUCAGAACAGCUCAGCUCUCAGGAUCAUUAUGACUUUGGUAUGAGAGCUGUGAAGUCUGUCAUCUCAGCUGCCGGUAACCUCAAGAGGCAGUACCCAGACAUGAACGAGGAACUGAUUGUACUGAGAGCCAUCAGAGAUGUCAAUGUUCCCAAGUUCUUAGUGGAGGAUCUCAAGUUAUUCAGUGGCAUUGUAUCAGAUUUGUUCCCCAACAUCAAUGUCGACAGUGAGGAGGAGGAGGCUAUCGACUAUGGAGCUUUGGACACUUCACUUCGGAAAAUGUGUGUCAAAGGAGGUCUGAAAGACGUGGAAGGUUUUAUCAACAAGUGUAUCCAGUUGUUUGAGACGACUGUUGUCAGACACGGUCUUAUGUUGGUCGGCCCAACUGGAUCUGGCAAAACCAAGUGCUAUGAUGUUCUGAAGAAUGCUCAGACCUCACUGAAAGGGGAGAUGUCACCAGCGGGGACAGAAUUUGAAACGACCUUGACCUAUGUCCUGAAUCCUAAAUCCAUCACCAUGGGUCAGCUCUACGGAGAGUUCGAUCUGCUCACUCAUGAAUGGACUGACGGCAUCCUGUCUACACUGAUCCGUAUUGGAUCCGGAGCCACAGAUCCAAAGAAGCGUUGGUAUGUAUUUGACGGCCCCGUGGAUGCGGUCUGGAUUGAGAACAUGAACACUGUGUUGGACGACAACAAGAAGCUGUGUCUGAGUAGUGGAGAAAUCAUCAAACUGACUGAGCACAUGACAAUGAUGUUUGAGGUCCAGGAUUUAGCAGUAGCCUCCCCUGCCACUGUCAGUCGUUGUGGUAUGGUAUAUCUUGAGCCUAGCUACAUCGGCCUGCCACCAUUUGUUGAGUGCUGGAUCAGAAAGCUCCCAGAUGCCAUUUACCCUCACAAAGAGAAGCUGGAGGGUCUAUUUGAGAAAUUCAUGGAGCCUGCCAUCAAAUUUGUUCGUAAGGAAGUGAAGGAGAUUGUCCCGACAGUGGAUUGUAACCUCGUUUUCAGUCUCCUCAAACUCCUGGACUGUUUCUUCAAACCGUUUGUACCUCAGGAGCCUGAAAAAAGAAAAUGGGGAGACAAGCCUAUCCCCCAGACCCGCUUGGAUCGAAUUGUGGAGUUGAUCGAGCCCUGGUUCUUUUUCUCCCUGACCUGGUCCAUUGGUUGUACCGGAGACAACGACAGCUGGAUCAAGUUCUCCACCUGGAUCCGUGAACAGAUGAAGAAAGAAGGGUGUGAGUUGCUGUUCCCUGAUGAAGGUAUUGUGUAUGACUAUCGUCUGGACGAUGCGGGAAUUAGCAACAGUGAGAACGACGAGAAUCUGGAGGAGGAAACCGAGGUCAAAAAGGUCGUAUGGAGAAACUGGUUGUAUGGGAUGCCAGACUUUGCUAUUCCAUCAGACACCAAGUUCUCAGACAUCAUAGUGCCCACCAUUGAUACCAUUCGCAGCUCUCAUCUUCUGGAGAUGCUCCUCAAAAACAAGAAAACGGUGAUGUGUGUCGGACCAACUGGCACAGGUAAAACUCUGACCAUUGCGGACAAACUGACCACUAAGAUGCCGAAAGAAUUUCUCCCAGAGUUCAUCGUCUUCUCUGCCAAAACCAGUGCCAACCAAACGCAGGACCUUAUUGAUGGCAAACUGGACAAAAGGCGAAAAGGAGUGUUUGGUCCACCGUUGGGUAAAUACUUCAUCUUCUUCAUUGACGACCUGAACAUGCCGGCCCUCGAGGUGUUCGGAGCCCAGCCUCCCAUAGAACUCAUCCGACAGUGGAUGGACUUCAAUGGCUGGUACGACAGAAAGGCCAUAGGCGACUUCCGUAACUUGGUGGAUGUCAAUUUCUGCUGUGCUAUGGGGCCCCCUGGGGGUGGCAGAAACCCCAUCACUGCUCGUCUACAGAGACACUUCAACCUGCUGGCUUUCACAGAAAUGGAGGACCCUAGCAAGAAAAAGAUCUUUGGCACCAUCCUUAAGUCCUGGAUGCCUCCCACCUGUACAAAGUACACAGAUAAGAUGGUGGAGACCUGUAUCCGUGUGUACAACAUUAUCAUCACCCAGCUCCUCCCAACACCCGCCAAAUCCCACUACACGUUUAACCUGCGAGAUCUCUCCAAGGUCUUCCAGGGCAUGUUGAUGAUGGACCAGGCCAAAGUAGAGGGAAUUAACGACGUGAUGAAGCUGUGGUACCACGAGAGUUGUCGCGUGUUCCAGGAUCGUCUGGUCAAUGACGAAGAUCGCAAGUGGUUCGAUGACCUCAUCAAAGCAAACAUGAAAUCCGAGUUCAACAUUGAAUUUGAUGAUGUGGUGCAACAGCAACCACUGAUAUUUGGAGAUUUUAUGUCCCAGGGAGGAGAUCAGAAACCAUAUGUAGAAAUUGCUGAUCAUGAGAAGAUGGUGAAAUUGCUGGACGAGUACUUAGAAGACUACAACCAGAUAAACACGGCCCAGAUGAGACUGGUGUUGUUUAUGGAUGCUGUGAAGCAUGUGUCCCGCAUCAGUCGUAUCAUUCGUCAGCCCCUGGGUAACGCCCUUCUCCUGGGGAUGGGAGGCAGUGGACGACAGUCACUGACCAGACUGGCAGCUCAUAUAAAUGAGUAUGACUGCUUCCAAGUUGAAUUGUCUAAGAACUAUGGCAUAGCUGAGUGGAGAGAAGAUCUGAAGACCACCAUGAUGAAGGCCGGGCUGGAGAACAAGCCCAUGGUGUUCUUGUUCAGUGACACUCAGAUCAAAGCUGAGUCGUUCCUUGAGGACUUGAACAAUAUUCUGAAUGCUGGUGAUGUGCCGAAUAUUUAUGCGUUUGAUGAUCUGGAAAGUAUUUACACUUCAAUGAAGCCCAUUUGUCAGGAUAUGGGAUUACAACCUACCAAAACAAAUCUGUUCUCAUUGUAUACAAAGAAUGUCCGCAGCAACCUGCACACUGUCAUAACUAUGAGCCCCCUCGGAGAGAUUUUCCGAGCCCGUUUGAGACAGUUCCCGGCCCUGGUCAACUGUUGUACCAUUGACUGGUUCUCGGAAUGGCCACCAGAUGCUCUAAGGUCCGUGGCUCUGAGGUUCCUUAUGGACAUUCCAGAACUGGACACAACAGACCAAAUAAUGGAAGGCCUGGUUGUGAUGUGCCAGGAAAUUCAAAUCUCGGUAUUCAACCACUCCCAGAAAUUCCUUGCUGAACUUUCUCGUUACAAUUACGUUACCCCCACAAGUUACCUGGAAUUAUUGGGGAUCUUCUCCAAACUGGUGGGAAUGAAGAAGACGGAGCUGAACACCGCCCGUAAUCGCCUGAAGACCGGUCUGGACAAGCUACUGACCACUGCAGACGAAGUGUCCAAGCUAUCCGCCGAGCUGGAAACCAUGAAACCACUACUGGCAGAAGCUGUGAAGGAGUCGGUGGCCACGAUGGAACAAAUUUCCAAAGACACGGUGAUUGCUAAGGAGACAAUGGAGGUGGUAGAGAGAGAGGAAUCCCAGGCUACAGUGAAGGCCAAGGAGACUCAGGCUAUUGCUGACGACGCCCAACGAGACCUGAAUGAAGCUCUGCCAGCUCUUGAAGAGGCUGUAGCUAGCUUGAAGUCUUUGAACAAGAAUGAUGUGGUAGAGGUGAGAGCGAUGACCCGACCUCCAGCUGGUGUUAAGAUGGUGAUAGAGGCAGUGUGUAUUAUGAGGGAGAUUAAACCAAAGAAGGUGGCUGGAGACAAGCCAGGAGAGAAAAUUAACGACUACUGGGAACCUGGAAAAGCCCUGCUGAUGGACCCGGGGAAAUUCCUGGAAAGUUUAUUCAAGUUUGACAAGGACAAUAUACCUGAUGAUGUCAUUAAGAAGAUCCAGCCUCUGAUUGACAACCCAGACUUUACUCCCCCUGCUAUUGCCAAGGUAUCCAAGGCCUGUACCUCCAUUUGCCUGUGGACCAGAGCUAUGCAUAAGUACCACUUUGUGGCUAGAGGUGUAGCCCCGAAGAGGGAGAGACUAGCCCAGGCUCAGGCGGACCUUGCCGAAACACAGGCAAUUCUCGAGGCUGCCAAAAUGAGGCUCCACGACGUGCAGGAAGGAAUUGCUACACUGCAGGCUAAGUAUGAGGACUGUGUCAGGAAGAAGGACGAGCUCGACCACAAAUGUACCGAGUGUGAACAGAGGCUAGUCAGAGCUGACAAGUUAAUUGGUGGGCUUGCGGAUGAAAAGGACAGAUGGAAGGAGUCUGUAGAGAAGUUAGAAUCGAUCAUCAACAAUUAUAUCGGGGACGUACUCGUCACAGCAGGGUACAUUGCCUACCUCGGACCCUUCACAGGGAAGUAUCGGUCUGACAUGCAGGAGGAGUGGGUCAGGAAACUGGACGAGAAUAAGGUCCCCCGAACCAGUGAGCCAACCCUAAUUGCAACAUUGUCUGACCCAGUCAAGGUCCGCAGCUGGCAGAUUGCAGGGCUUCCCAAGGACAAUCUGUCUGUAGAAAAUGGCGUCAUCGUCAAGUACUCUCGAAGAUGGCCUCUAUUCAUCGAUCCCCAGGGUCAGGCCAACAGAUGGGUCAAGAACAUGGAACGCGACGCUGGUCUAGACGUCAUUAAACUGUCAGACAAGGACUUCCUGCGAAGCUUGGAGAACGCCGUCAGAUUUGGUAAACCUUGUCUGCUGGAGAAUAUUGGAACGGAAUUGGAUCCUGCUCUGGAACCAAUUCUUCUAAAGCAGACCUUCAAACAACAAGGCAGUAUGGUGAUUAAAUUGGGUGAUGCCAUCAUUCCUUACCACGACGACUUCAAGUUUUACAUCACCACCAAACUCCCCAACCCUCACUACACACCCGAAGUCUCCACCAAGGUCACCCUGGUUAACUUCACCCUGUCUCCAAGUGGUUUGGAGGACCAGAUGUUGGGUAUCGUGGUGGCUGAGGAGCGACCAGACUUGGAGGAGGCCAAAAAUCAGCUGAUUGUCAGUAAUGCCAAGAUGAAGCAGGAGCUGAAGGAGAUUGAGGACAAAAUCCUGGAGAGACUAAGCUCCUCUGAGGGCAGCCCUGUGGAUGACCUUGACCUCAUUGCUGUUCUGGAGGCUUCCAAGAUUAAGUCGCAGGAAAUCAAGGCGAAAGUGACGGUGGCCGAGCAGACAGAACGAGACAUUGACGUGACCCGCAGUCAGUACAUUCCCGUGGCCAUCAACACCCAGAUUCUCUUCUUCUGUGUCGCCGACAUGGCAAGCAUCGACCCUAUGUACCAGUACUCCUUGGAGUGGUUCGUCACCAUCUUCCUCAGUGGCAUCGCUCAUGCCGAGAGAGCAGAGGCAAACAAUAUCAAGCAGAGAGUGAUUAACAUCAAUAACUUCUUUACAUUCGGUCUGUACUGUAAUGUUUGCCGAUCUUUGUUUGAGAAACACAAGCUUCUUUUUGCCUUCCUGUUGUGCUCCAGGAUCAAGCAACACAAUGGAGAAAUUGACAUGGAUGAAUGGCGUUUCCUGUUGGCGGGUGGUACCACUAAACCGAAGGAAAUCCCCAACCCAUGUGAGGAGUGGGUGUCGAUUCGGUCCUGGAAUGACAUCCUCACCACUGCUGCCCUGCCAAAGUUCGCCACCUUCCCCGAGGAAUUUAAGAACCAUGCUGAGGGCUUCAAGAAGAUAUUUGACAGUGCUGACCCUCAUCGGGAGGAUCUGCCCGGAAAAUGGAAUACGGAAUUAGACUCCUUCCAGAAGUUAAUCGUCCUUAAGUGUCUGCGACCGGAUAAAGUGACCAAUGCCAUGCAGGACUAUGUGGCUAAUAAUCUAGGUCAGAGGUUCAUCGAACCUCAGACUGCGGACUUGCAUCUGGUGUUCAAGGACUCCUCCCCCACCACCCCCCUCAUCUUUGUCCUGUCCCAAGGAACUGACCCGGCUAACGAUCUGUACAAGUUUGCUGAUGAGAUGAGGUUCUCCAAGAAACUGACCGCCAUCUCUCUUGGACAGGGUCAGGGACCUCGUGCUGAGGCGAUGAUGCGCAGUGCCAUGGAACGAGGAAAGUGGGUGUUCUUCCAGAACUGUCACUUGGCGCCAAGCUGGAUGCCAAGCCUGGAGAGACUGAUUGAGCAGAUUGAUCCGGAUAAGGUCCAUCGUGACUUCCGCCUGUGGCUGACCAGUAUGCCUAGCGAUAAGUUCCCGGUCUACAUCCUACAGAAUGGCUCCAAGAUGACCGUGGAACCCCCAAGGGGUCUAAAAGCCAACCUCCUGAAAUCCUACUCAGGAUUUACUGAUGACUUCCUGAACUCGUGUGGAGAUAAGACCAUGGAGUUUAAGUAUCUGCUGCUGUCCCUGUGUUUCUUCCACGGCAUUUCCAUUGAGAGGAGGAAAUUUGGAGCUCUCGGAUUUAACAUUCCAUACGAGUUCACAGACGGCGACCUUAGAAUCUGUGUCAGUCAGCUGAAAAUGUUCCUGAUGGAGUACAAGGAAAUCCCAUUCAAGGUGUUGGUGUACACAGCAGGCCACAUUAACUACGGAGGGCGUGUCACAGAUGACUGGGAUCGUCGCUGCAUGAUGAGCAUCCUCAACGACUUCUACCAACCCAAAAUUCUGGAUGAUGACUACAAAUACUCAGAAUCGGGCAUUUACAAGCAAAUCCCAUCAUCCAAUGACCAUAAUGGCUACAUGUCCUAUAUCAAGAGCCUUCCAAUCAACGACACACCAGAGAUAUUCGCCCUACACGAAAAUGCCAACAUCACGUUCGCUCAGAAUGAGACGAAUACCAUGUUAACUGCCCUGUUGUUGCUGCAGCCGAAAACAUCUUCAGGUGGUGGCAAAUCGAGAGAGGAGGUGAUGGAAGAGACAGCGAAAGGUAUUUUGGAGAAAGUCCCCAAACCUCUCCCUCUGGAUCCCAUUAAUGAGAAGUACCCUGUUAUGUACGAACAGUCUAUGAACACUGUGCUGGUACAGGAGGUCAUCAGGUACAAUCGUUUGCUGGGUACAGUCCACCAGUCCCUACAGGAUCUACUGAAGGCCCUAAAAGGUCUGGUAGUCAUGUCCCAGGAACUGGAGAACAUGGCCAACAGUCUCUUUAUCAAUGCCGUGCCCAGUAUGUGGUCAGGAAAGGCGUACCCCUCCCUGAAGCCCUUGGCAGCCUGGGUGGUGGAUCUAGGGGCACGUAUGAAAUUUAUUGUGGACUGGAUCGAUAAUGGCAUGCCAUCUGUAUACUGGAUUUCUGGGUUCUUCUUCCCACAAGCUUUCUUGACAGGAACUCUGCAGAAUUUUGCAAGGAAGAAGGUCAUAUCCAUCGAUACCAUCUCUUGGGACUUCAAGGUGUUGAGAGAAUCGCUGUCUGAACUGUCCAAACAACCUGCGGAUGGCUGUUAUAUCAGAGGUCUGUUCCUGGAGGGGGCUCGCUGGGACCCCAUCAAACAGAUGCUGGCCGAGUCCCGACCCAAAGAGCUGUAUGUGGAUGUCCCCGUCAUCUGGCUCAUCCCCACAGCCAACAGAAAGAACCCGGACAAGGGGAUCUACGAGUGCCCCGUCUACAAGACACUGACCAGAGCAGGUACAUUGUCCACCACUGGUCACUCCACAAACUUUGUGUUUGCCGUUGAGCUUCCAACCGACCAGCUUCAGAAACACUGGAUCAAGCGGGGUGUGGCCAUGCUGUGUGCCCUUAACUAUUAAUCAUAACAUAGCCCAGACAAACUGUCAGUGUAGGACCCAGACCGUGACUCUUGUGUGUAUGUUUGUGUGUGGUGUGACAUGACAUUUUGGGGAUGUAGAAUUUCAGGAUUUGGGGGGACACAUCCUGUUUUAAAGGAUCCACAUCCUUGAGGUUCUUCUGUGGUAUCUUGUCAGCUUUCCCCACAAUCAACGUUGUCCCACAGAAUCUGUGAUACAAGAGUACAACCGUACACAUUCUUGAAUUUCAAAUCAUACCGUCCAUUUCUUUAUUUAAUUGUUGGUAUUUACAGAAGAUUAUUUUUCUAUGAUACAUAUAUUUAUUGUGUGAUUUAUAAUUUUACUAUUUUUAACGAACAGUUGAAUACGAACUGUUCAGUCUGGCAUUGAUAAUGGCAUGUGUUACAUUUGAAAUAGCUUUACAAUGUAAAGAUUGUGAGUGAAUGUUGUUAGAUGACUUUAUUGUUCAAUAUAUAAGCCUAUAGUUUUCUUUACUAUAGUGUUACGUCCAAUUCUAAGCAGCUGAAAGAGAGUAUGUGGAUCAAAUGUGAACCAAAAUAUUGAUUUCUAGUACAUAAUAUAGAUACCAUAUGGUGCCUUGUAGGGCAUGGAAAUAGUCCUCUUUUCUCUGUAACCCAUGUGCUUUUAAAUCCAGAACAAUCAAUUUCUGUAACAGCUUAAUUUAAAUACCUUCUGAGCAAACAUUUUUAGAGAAUAUACAGACAGAAAUUAUUCUAUGUUUACAGCUGUUAAAUUUAUUGGUUAAUAAAAUAUUUUGUUUAAAUUUAAA